AUGUCCGCUCGUGAAGCUCAGAGAUUGAUGGAUGCGAUGGAAAAGGCCAUCGAGGCUGCACAGAAUUCCAUGGAAGAAGAAGAGCGCCUCAAUCACUACUUGGCUCUCGCUACGGAGAAGGCGAGAACGGACGACUCGCUGCGUCGUAAGCUCGAAGUCUUGCGAAUUGGCAAGGAACUUGCCAAGACGAUGAACAAAGCCGCCGCCGACAUCGAAGCGGCUGACCAGGCACAGAACGCUCUGGACCGCUACUUGGAGGAGGCCGGCGACGACAUGGUUUGUGUUCCACUUUGAUAUUUUUGAAAAAGGGAAAAAAAAAUGAUAACACAUGCUCUUUCUACAGAUCGACGACCUGUCCGAGGAAUCCGACCAGUCCGAGGAACCUGAAGAGGAACCCAACAAUUCUGACGAUGACGUCGGCGCGCACUAA